UUGAGCCAGGCCAGGGCGUGUCCCAGGUCGCCAAUGAUCCGGCCCAGGAGCAGGGCUCCCUGGCGGCCGGCGAGGCCCGGCGCCGGGGCGGGGACGGACCCGGCCAGUAGCGGACCGAGCAGGAGCUCCCCCGGGGAGGGGCCCGGCCGGCCGGCCGGCCGGCCAGCCAGCAGGAGCUCCACCAGAAGUGAGUGUGCCGGGCGCCGGGCCUCGGCCGGGCAGACGCCUGCAUGGCGGCCCAGCGCCGCCAACACCGCCAGCGGUGAGGUCAAGUAGCGCAGGGCCCACCGCGGGUCCUCCGGAUCGGCGACCGGCCCGGGCUCCAGGAGCAUGUGCAUGUCCAGCAGCAGGCCGAUGGCGCGGUUGAGGCGGUCAUCGUCCAGGGCGCAGCUCAGCAGCCGCAGGUCGAAGGGCAUGGCCGACCGGAGGACGGGCCCCUCGGACGGCCGGCCGGCGACCAGGCGCAGCGCAAGGCACGCAGCGGCCCGGGCAUCGGGCCCGGCGGCGGCCCGGCGCACGGCCAUCCGCGCGCUGGUCCAGCUGAGCUCCACAAAGCUGGCCAGCAGGGGCAGCCGGUCCCCCGGGUCGAGCAGGCGACACAGUGGCCACCGGGCCCAGGGCGCCGCGAUCGGGUAGGCCGGGGCCGCCGGGUCGGCCGGCCACACGCCGGUGUCCGACAGCAGGAGCCCCCCCGGCGUCAAGGGGGCCGCCGAGGACCACCGGCCCGGGGCCUGGAAGACCGAGCUCUCGGCAGCCAGGGUGUGCAGCGCCUCCAGGGCUGCCGGACCGGGGCCGGCCUCCGCGCGCUCAUGGCACAGCAGCAUCAGCUGCAGCACCGCGGUCAGCGAGGCGGAGGGGGCCCUCGGGCCGGGCUCGAGGUCGAGCUGCCGCUCGCCGAACGCCCGCGCCAGGACACCCUGCGCAUGGCGGUGUAUCGGGGCCAGCUGCGUGUCCGGUGGCCCGAGCAGUGGGGCAGGGUGCAGGAGGUGUCAGGACACCCCCGGGUGGCGGCCACUCAGAG